AGGCAGAGGCGGCGGCGGCUCGGGGGGCGGCGAGGGCGGCACGGCCGGGCGGUAUCGCUCGCUGCGGGCGCUUCUGCCGCCCGCCCGCCGCCCGCACGCCAUGCACGCAGCGACGCCAGGCGGUCUUGGCGCUGCGCCGGAGCCGCACACUGCCCAUGUGCCUGGCGCGCCUCGGUCUUGGCAGUCUCACUUCCGCGUGCACAGUCAGAGUCUGAGUGCUCUCCUGCCCGCCCCUGCGCCCGCCGGCGCCGCGCCCCGUGCUCCGCGCCCACGUCGCGUGCCUGCGCUCCGCCGCCGCAGCCGCCCAGCGGACGCCCUCUCCCGCUCGCACUCGCUGCGCCUGAAAAUGACUCCGGCAGCACCGCAACAACUCCAGCUCUCGGCUUUCCUACUCGCUGCGGCGUACGAAGCAUCUGCGGCGGCGUGCGCGCGCGGUGCACUCCGCUGCGCGGGGUGCGCACUACUGCAGGCCUGUGCCUCUGUGCCCGCGCGUGCUGGGCGCGCGAGCGCGAGACGACUGGCGCAGUGCAUGCAGCGGUGCCAAGGCCUGCCGCCGGUUUCUUGGCAGCUCAGUGCGCUCUCCGGCGGGCGGGAGGCGGCGCGGCCGCCCUGCGAGCGCACGUUGCGGCACGCCCGCCGCACCCGGGCGGCACAGGAGCACAGCGCAGGCGGCGGCCGCGGGCGGCCAAGCCUUUGCACUCAGGUACCCGCAUGCUUCCCGUGCCAGCCGCCGGCCCCGCUGCGCCAUCUCCGCAGCAGGCACGAUAGCCGCCCGCGGCACAUGCCCGUGUGCGUGCAGGCGGCAUGCGGAAGCGGGCGUGGUGCGGCACCGCAGCACAGCCCUUCCCCGCCGCCCGCACACGCAAGAGCCGCCGAGCGCCGCGGCGGGCGCAUGGCACGUCGGCGGCGUGUUCGUGGCUUGCGCCGCCGCGGCACUGCGCGAGCGGAAGCCUUGGCUGCCAGGCUCCGCCGCCGCCGUCGUUCUGCGAUGCGCUGCGCUGGCCGACGGCAUCGCCGGCGCCGGCCCGCCGCCGCCGCCCAAGCGCGCCGCAUCUGAUUGCCCGUCGCUAAAUGGGGCGGGCGGCACGGAAAGA